AUGGAUUCCAAAGAUACUAAAGAUGCUUCGCUCUGCCACCUUGUCCUUCACCACUACUUCAUGAACAUGACUGAAGGAGAUAAAUGUGGUGGUAGUAAUGGUGGCAGUGGAAGUGGCGGUAGCAGUGACUGCAGCAAAAAGACACAAUCUCAAGUGGCUUUAGCUCUACCACAUCCAGUGAAAGAGCAAUUACCUGAUGUUCAGUACUGCAUUAACAGUCCUCCUCCUUGGCGUCAAUUUGUCAUUGCCAUCCAUGCAGAAGAAGCAGUGUUUUUGGCAUUCCAGCAUUAUAUUCUGACUCUUGGUGUGACAGUUCUAAUUCCAACUAUGAUCGUUACUGAAAUGGGUGGAGGAGAUGCUGAGAAGGCCAAGGUGAUACAAAAUCUGUUGUUUGUUUCUGGAGCAAGCACACUUCUGCAAUCUUGGUUCGGAACACGAUUGCCAACUGUAGUUGUUGGUUCAUAUAGUUUCCUAAUACCCACAAUGUCAAUUGUCCAUGCCAAGAGAUACAGUUCAUAUACAGAUCCUUAUGAGAGGUUCAUUCAUACUAUUAGAGGGAUACAAGGCGCCUUGAUCAUAAGUGCAUGUUUUCACAUAGUUGUGGGAUUCUUGGGCCUUUGGAGGGGUGCUGUCAGGUUCCUUAGCCCACUUUCUGUUGUCCCUUACGUAACUUUCACUGGACUCGGUGUCUAUCAUCUUGGAUUCCCAAUGUAUCUUCAUAGAUUUUUUUGCACCAACAAAAUUAUCUAUGGCCGAUUUGCGGUGUUGUUUUCUAUUGCAAGUGCAUGGUUAAUUGCACAGAUUCUGACUGCAAGCACUGUAUAUAGCAACAAGCCAGCAAAUACUCAGAAUAGUUGCCGCACUGAUCGUGCUGGUCUUGUAAGUUCUUCUCGUGGGAUAUAUCUCCCGUUUGUGCCCUUCCAAUGGGGGGCUCCUACCUUCAACUUUGGAGAAGCUUUGGCUAUGAUAGCAGCUUCUUUUGUUUCUCUUUUUGAGUCUACUGGUACAUUUUAUGCUGCCGCAAGAUAUGGAAGUGCAACACCAGUGCCGCCACAUGUUAUUGGCCGCGGAGCUGGCUGGGUGGGAGUAGCUUCCUUUCUCAGUGGCAUUUUGGGUUCCGUAACUGGUUGUACGGCAUCAGUGGAGAAUGCUGGAUUAUUGGCACUGACUAGAGUGGGAAGCCGAAGAGUUAUCCAAAUAUCAGCUGGCUUUAUGAUUUUCUUCUCUAUAUUUGGAAAAGUGGGAGCAAUUUUUGCUUCUAUACCUUUGCCAAUCAUAGCAGCAUUAAAUUGUGUACUCUUUGGCUAUGUGUCUUCAGCAGGUCUUGGUUUUCUACAGUUCUGUAACCUCAACAGUUUCAGAACCAAAUUCGUGUUGGGCCUUUCAUUCUUCCUCGGCAUCUCCAUACCACAAUAUUUCAUAGAAAAUUUUCAUGUAAAGCAUCAACACGGCUGGUUCAAUGAUAUGGUUAGCGUGAUCUUCAAGUCGCACACAACGGUGGCUGCGUUGAUUGCAUUAAUUUUGGACAUCACACUCACAUGUGAAAAUGAUGCAGCCCGUAAGGACAGUGGUCUGCAGUGGUGGGAGAAGUUCAGUGUAUAUAAUGCUGAUGGCCGGAACGAUGAUUUCUAUAGAUUACCAUGCAGACUCAAUGACCUCUUCCCCGCUAUUUAA